ACAAACUUUUUCUUCAAUUCCUUCUUUCUUUCUAUUGUCUAUACAUACACCAAUAUAUAUAUAUAAAUACAUAUACGUAAACAAAUAAACAACAAUGGCAGUUGAUGCUUUAUGCUCUCCAUUGGGACCUCCAGCAUGCGAAAAAGAUGCCAAGGCACUUCAAUUUAUUGAAGAAAUGACACGAAAUGCUGAUGCUGUUCAAGAAAAUGUAUUGGAAGAAAUUUUAACUCGAAAUGCCGAAACCGAAUAUCUUGGCUUAUACAAUCUUAAUGGUGCUACUGAUCGUGAUUCUUUUAAGUCCAAGAUUCCUAUGGUUACUUAUGAGGAUCUUCAGCCUAUUAUUAACCGUAUCGCAAAUGGCGAUCGCUCUCCAAUUCUUUCGUCACACCCAAUUUCUGAAUUUCUCACCAGCUCGGGUACGUCAGCUGGUGAACGCAAACUAAUGCCCACAAUUCGCGAAGAGUUGGAUCGACGCCAACUACUUUACAGCUUGCUAAUGCCAGUUAUGAAUUUGUACAUGCCUGGAUUAGACAAAGGAAAGGGACUAUACUUUUUGUUUGUCAAGUCGGAAACAAAGACUCCUGGUGGGCUAAUGGCCCGACCCGUAUUGACAAGUUACUACAAAAGUGAUCAUUUCAAGACACGGGCCUUUGACCCGUAUAAUGUGUACACCAGCCCGAAUGAGGCUAUUCUCUGCCCCGAUUCUUUUCAAAGCAUGUAUUCUCAAAUGCUUUGUGGGCUUUAUGAGCGUGAACAAGUGCUUCGUCUUGGUGCAAUUUUUGCUUCCGGUUUACUUCGUGCCAUACGGUUCCUCCAGCUUAACUGGAAGGAACUUGCCCAUGAUAUCCGAACCGGAACACUUAACUCAAAGAUAUCUGACUCGGAUAUCAGAAGGUGCAUGUCACAAGUGAUUAGACCCAACUUGGAGCUCGCGGAUUUUAUUGAAUCCGAGUGCUCCAAAGAUGAUUGGGAAAGAAUUAUUACACGAAUUUGGCCUAACACGAAAUAUCUAGAAGUGAUCGUUACAGGGGCAAUGGCACAGUACAUUCCGACUCUUGAUUAUUAUAGUGGCGGAUUACCUAAAGUUUGCACCAUGUAUGCGUCAUCCGAGUGUUACUUCGGGCUCAAUCUUAACCCGAUGUCAAAACCUUCUGAAGUUUCCUACACCAUCAUGCCUAACAUGGCGUAUUUUGAGUUUCUCCCACAUGAUCCCCACUCCAAUUCCACCACUGGGGCGACCAGUGACAAACUGGUCGACCUAGUGGAUGUAGAAGUAGGAAAGGAAUACGAGUUAGUAAUCACCACUUAUGCAGGCCUGUGCCGGUACAGAGUGGGUGACAUCCUAAGAGUCACCGGGUUCCACAACUCUGCCCCGCAGUUCCAUUUUGUCAGAAGAAAAAAUGUACUACUUAGUAUCGACUCUGACAAAACAGAUGAGGCAGAGUUACAAACCGCGGUAGAGAAUGCUUCUACAGUUUUGAAGAAAUUCAAUACUAGUGUAGUGGAGUAUACAAGCUACGCGGAUACUAAAACAAUCCCGGGCCAUUAUGUCAUUUAUUGGGAGCUACUAGUUAAAGACUCGGCUAAUUCACCAACAGAUGAAACUCUCGAAAAAUGUUGCUUAGCAAUGGAAGAGUCCUUGAAUUCGGUCUAUAGACAGGGUCGGGUCGAGUGCAAUUCAAUCGGGCCAUUGGAGAUCCGAGUAGUGAAAAAUGGUACAUUUGAAGAACUAAUGGAUUAUGCAAUAUCUAGAGGUGCAUCAAUCAAUCAAUACAAAGUUCCAAGGUGUGUAAACUUCACACCAAUCAUGGAACUGCUUGACUCCAGAGUGGUGUCAUCUCAUUUUAGUCAAAGUUUGCCUCAUUGGACACCCGAACGACGUCGUUGAACAGGUGAUUGUUUAGUUGUCACACGAAACCGACCAUUUGGAAGUCAAAUGUAAGAAAGAUUCGUUCAUGUAGGAUUUUCUUUUUAUAACAUUUUGUGUGGGUGAUUUUGAAUAAUUAAAUCACUUAUGGGUAUAGUUUAAUUAGGUGAUUAAGAUGGGUUUGAAGAAGAAAAAAAAACAGGUUUUUUUUGUAUGUUUUUUCAUAAAUAAAAACCUGUAUGUAUCCGUCUACUUGUGUAGUUCUUUUUUACUUGAGGAAUUAAAACUCUUGUUUCGUGACGAAA